CACUUCCUUUCUUUGUGCUACUAGCUGCAACUCGACGACUUCGAAAACGAAGGCUUGCUGCCGCGCAGGCCAAAGAAUCAGCGAUGAAGAAAAAGACUCGCUCUGCGGGAGGAGCGGUUGGUCGGAGAACAAUUCUACAACUCUCUCCUUCCGGGCUCCGCGGAGGAAAUGCCGGGGAGAGGGAAGACGGGCUCUCGGGAUCCGAUGCAGAAGAACAGGAAGGAGAAGGACAGCGUAUUUUGAGAGCGAGACUCAAUAUGAAGCCUCCCGCAGUGAAAGCCACCGAGGGUCUGUCCUUGCUUGGGGCCUAUGAAGACAGCGAUGAAGAGGAUGCCGCAGUGUCUCGAUCAACUGCAACUUCUCAGCACAAUCACUCUGCUGAUAUUGACAGUACAUUAGCAAACUUCAUGGCGGAAAUUGAUGCUAUCACCACCCAGCCAAGUUCAGAUGAUGCAGCAGGUCAACCUUCCAUCCCGACUGGUAGUGCACCCAAACCAGAUGCUAAUGCCCAGCAACCAGGUGCCAAACCGGACCAGUUGGAGUUUAAUACUCAGUACUCACUAGCUGGAGUGGAUGUGGAAAUGGGGGACUGGCAGGAGGUCUGGGAUGAUAACUCUGGCUGCUAUUAUUACUGGAACACCCAGAACAAUGAGGUUUCUUGGGAGCUGCCUCACGAUCUCGCUAAUCAAGUGCAAAGACUGGCUCACUAUACCAACAGUGCUAAUGGAAAUGGUACAUCAAGUGCAGAUCACUACCCCGGUGAAACCACACCUGCUGCACCACCAACAUCAGCUAAAGAAACUAAAGUCAAGGCAAGUGAGGUAAUGGAGAGUGUGGUGGCUCUCACAAGUAAAGAGGAAGAGCGAUGUGGAGUGGCGGCGUCUUUGCUUGGUCCCUUGAUCCCUACAGAAGUGAAAGAUGCUGAAGAGAAAUGGCGAAAAAAACUCCUUAACGUUUUGGACGAAAACGAGACCAGUGUGGACUCUGACGGAGAGGUUGUUCGCCCUGUGGCAUCCCCGUCUACCCCUUCGCAUGACUUAGCUGCUAUCCAAACUGUGGAGAAAGAUUCUGACGCAAAGAAGCUAUCAGAGGAGAACUCGGAGAUUGAAGGGGGACCUGAAGAAGACACAAUGGAGCUGGAGCUGGCUCUGGAGAGGAAGAAGGCUGAGCUCCAGGCUCUGGAGGAUGGCGAUGGAAGUGCGGGAGGCUCCAGCCCUUGUUCCGAGACGAGCCAAGAUGCUUCUGUAUCUCGUGGCGCGCUCAGGAAAAAGCGAUGGAAAACAGUCUUCCCGGGUGCUCCUAGUCCUGAUUCCAACAGUCGAAGCUCAGAGCCUCAGGAGAACAUACAGACAGCAUAUACAAAAGUUCCGGAGAGUGUUACAGCAGAAGAAGAUGGGGAAACGGGUAACCCUGAGCAGAAACCGGAAGUGCCACCAAAGGAAGAAGUAGAAACACCUGAGCUCAGGUUUCAGAUUGGAGAACUGGCUAACACCUUAACGAGCAAGAUGGAGUUCCUGGGCAUACACAAGAAGGCCGUCUCGAAUUUUCAGUUGCUUCUGCUGCAAACGGAGACACGGAUAGCUGACUGGAGGGAGGGCGCUCUGAACGGGGCCUAUCUUCGCAGCAGGCUUCAGGAAGCUGCCGAACACAUAAAACAUUAUGAACUUAACGCCGCCCCUAAAGGCUGGUCCUGCCACUGGGACAGAGAGCACAGGCGGUAUUUUUAUGUCAACGACCUGACGCAUGCAUCGCAGUGGGAAUUCCCGACCGAAGAGGCAAAGGGGGAUGCCCUGAAAGGCAACCAGACUAGUCCGACCACCAGCCAAGGCGAUGGCAAGACAUCUUCAGUCCCACCUGUCCGUGCCCCUGCUGUCCCACCAGCAGCGCCAUCAUCAUCGUGGUCUCCAUCUCAACCCCCACUUCCUGACAGCCCUCCUCCACCUCCUGACCUCCCACCACUUCCGCCUCUGCCCCCCGGCUCACCCCCUCCACCUCCUCCGCCCCCAGACAGUGAUAGUGAGAUAAUGGAGGUUGAAAUGGAGAUGGACGAUGACAAUGAUAUGGAGCCUCCAGCCCCUGGAACUGAAGAGGAUGGCAGUGGGUGGCCCCCUUCAGCUGUUGCUGGUGUUAAGGUGUUGGAGUCUUCAGAUCCACUGGGUAAGGGUCAGAAACGAAAAGCUGGCCAGCUAAAUAAAGCCAUUAUUGGAAGUAGUCCAAUCCUGUACACGCAGCAUGUUACCACUGCAGCACCUGUCAUCACAGCGCCAGUUUACUGGGGUGUGCCAGCUGUCACUGCACCUCUAGUACCCUCUGAACCUCCUCUUCCACUUGCUCCCGCGAUGCCCCCGCAACCACCGCUGCCACCUCCGCAGCCAGCCUGUGAAACCUCAUCGCCUAAAGUGACACCUGUGGAAAAGAUCAAGAAAACCAAGAAAGAUAAGAAGGGGAAGACCAAAAUGCCAUCCCUUGUAAAGAAGUGGCAAAGCAUCCAGAAAGAGCUUGAGGAGGAGGAAAAGAGCAGCUCCAGUGAUGAAGAUAGAGAUCAGCUCAACAAGAAGAGUAUAGAAGACUGGAAACACCAGCAGCUCCUCACAGGAAAAGCUUCAAAGAAUGCCAACUUUGAGGCACUUCCUGACAAUUGGAGGGAUCGACUGAAGAAAAGGAAGCUGAACAGCACAUAACGUCUGAUUGAACAACUUAAAAAAAAAAACUACAUACUGUAUGUAGGUCAUGUUAUUGUUUCUUCCAAGAUGUUUUUUUUAGUUCAGUUGUCUAUAUUUUUCUAUUCAAAAUGAACACCUAUAUCAACCGAAAGGGUUUGAAUGUCCGUUCCUCGUUUUUAUAGGUGCAAGUGUAAAUGUGCCAUCAAUCUUCAGUUUAUAAUAAACAAUGUAUUCAGCUGGCCACAGCAGUUUGUGUGAGAUUCAGCAUUUUUAAUGAGCUUUUUUUUUUU